AUCAGUUUCAUUAUAACAUUCACCGCAUUUACUCAACAGUGUUCAAUACUUUUCGUUCUUUGGUGAAAAUUUCAUUGGCAAAAGUGGUGAUUUACGGUGAUUUUCCCAUUGGAUUUUAAGUGAAUUGUGAACUUGAUUUCAAAAUGUCUUUCAUCAAAUUACAAACUCUGUUUUUGGCAGUGCUCGUCUUUCAGCAAGUUAAAGUUUAUGCCGUUGAUUCAACUGAAAACAGUGAUUCAUACAUAAAUGUAAAUGAUGACAUAAGAUAUGAGGAACGUGAUGACACGUUCGAUGUGCUAAAUGAAUUAGUCUACGAUUCAUAUGACACUCUGGCAGACUCACCAACAGCUGCACCGCCAGCCGCAACAACACAACCGCCAAUUGUAACAACAACUGAAGCACCCAAAGACGUGCCGACAAUACAGAGUGCCAACUGCAAGCCCGAAGAAAAUAGAAUGUCAAUUAUGUGGACACCAUAUGGCCAAAAUAUUAAGAAUUUCGUCAUUGAGCGUAGCACUUCAUUUGAACCAGAUGUGUGGAGUGUUCUCACAGAAAGAACAGAACAUUUCGUUGAUGCUGAGUUAAGUCCAGGUGCCAAACAGUCGUUCCGUGUCAUUGAAAUAUAUGAAGAUGGUUCAUCAAGCCAUCCAAGUAAACCGACCGAAAUCUGUACUGCAAAAGCAGGUAUACCAAAAACGAAUCCAACCGAUGUAAAGAUUCAGAGUGGAGAUACAGAAUCUUUAAUCGUUUCAUGGAAACCAAUGCCACAGUUGGAACACUAUGGUCCCGGAUUUUUUUAUACAGUAUCCUGGCAAAAAGACAGUGGUGAAGUAUAUCAAAAAGUAAUUACCGAUUGGAAACAAAACGUCUAUGUCAUAGAAAAUUUGACUUAUGAAGAAUGGAAUGUAAAAGUUACUGCCGGAAAUAAGUUGGGUGUAUCGACAGGAAACUAUGAAACUCUUAGUGGACUUCCGGGUGAAGGUCGUCCAAGAGCGCCGAGUCAAUUUAUAGUAACAGGUUUGGAAGAUCUUGACAAUAAAGAUGAGGCAUUAGUUACUUUUAAAUGGAAUGAACUUCCGCUUAAACAUUUCAAUGGAGAACCUAAAGGGUAUAUAAUUAAAUAUUGGACUGAUGAUGUAUUGUCAGCUAAGUUUGAAUCUGUUGAAUAUGGCAUAACUGAAAAGCAAAUUUCAUUGUCAUUUGCUACCCACUACAAAGCAACGAUUCAAGCAAAAAAUACAAAAUAUCAUGGAACAGCGAGCAGAAUUAUUUCAUUUGAAACUCCCGAAGGACGACCAGAGAAAGUCGAAUCAUUUAAAGCUACUUCAAUUGGAUCAUCGGCAAUGCGUUGCCGAUGGACAAAACCAAGAAUUACAAAUGGCAAAUUAAUUGGAUAUGCAAUUAAUUAUUAUGAAGUUAAUGCUGCUGAACCACAAUCGAUGACGAUUGAAGAUGAUUGUGCGACAGAAGCAAAUUUGAUUGAUUUGAAACCAAACACAGCAUAUAAAUUCCAUAUUUCUGCGAGAACUUUGGCUGGUGAAGGAAAAGACUAUGUGAUUAAGCAAAGCACGAACAAACCAAAGAAACCGGAUACACCAACGUUUUCAUAUGAGUUUCUUGACAAAACUGACACGAAAAAUGGUAACGUUCGUAUCACAUGGAUACCGAAAAAUUGCUGUGUACAUGGAAGUAAAUUCUAUGUAAAGUACCAUGUCAAAAACAAUGCUAUAUGGAAAGCAACCAGCCACUCUUAUGAGCAAUCCAUUGAAAUUGAUCUUGGAGCCUCAGCCGAAUCGUAUGAAGUUAGUAUUGUGGAAGUUGAUGAUGAGUAUGAAACUGAAAGUGAUGCUGUGACAAUUUCAAGGUCUAAUCCAAAUGCGGCAACUGGAUCAGUAGUUGAUCCACCAAAACCUAAUAGUCCAUUAUACAUAGUUACCUUAUACUUAGUUGCGAUGUGGUGGUGCUCGUCAUAAUUGCUGUCCCGAAGAAGUAGUUUAAUCAAUAUUCAUUGUUUAUUUGUUCAUUGAUAUGACGUUUUUUUAUCAGCUUCAUAACUUUUAUAUUAAUUUUGAUUCGUAAUAAAUAAUGGGCAAAGAAUAUUUCCAAAACAAGCGAA